AUGCUGCUUUCCUCCUCACACCGCCAAAGCUACUCCAUUCUCCGGCCGCUCAAUCUCAACCUUUCGUUCUCCUCCCAGACAGCGACAGCUCAGCACUGCCUCUCCCCUUCUUCCGGAACCUUCCCCUCAGACCCCAUCUCAACUUCCCGAGCACUCUCCGAUCUCCUCUCCUCCGGAAAAUUCCACGAUGUUCUCUCCCUCCUCCGUCGCAUUCCACCAUCUCCCUCUUUGGUCUUCUUCUGGAACAUUCUCAUCAAAUCGAGCGUCUCCUCUCGAAAUCCCAGAGAAUCCCUUCGCCUCCUUCGAGAGAUGCAGAGGCUCGAGUGGGCCCCAGACGACUACACUUAUCCCUACACUUUCAAAGCCUGCGGUGACCUCCCGUCACUCCUCGCAGGCUCGUCUGUCCACGCUCGGGCUCUCGUCUCAGGUUACACUCACUCGAACGUUUUCGUAAACAAUUCAGCCAUGGCCAUGUACGGAAAGUGCGGAGCCCCUGGCAAGGCACAGAAUCUGUUCGACGAAAUGCUCGAACGAGGCUUGUUCGACCGAAUAUCAUGGAACUCGAUUAUUUCCGUCCAUUCCCAGGCUGGAGACCACCGGCGGGCCCUGCGGAUGUUCCGGCAGAUGAUUUCCUCGGGUAUUUGGGUUGACCCGGUCAGCCUGGUCAACAUUCUCCCAGCCUGCGCUUCGUUGAGAUUAUCGAGCUUCGGGAAGGAAAUCCACGGACACGCGGUUCGAACUUGUCUGAUCGAGGACGUGUUUGUCGGGAAUGCAGUUAUCGACAUGUACGCAAAGUGCGAGCUUUUUGACGAGGCUAAGGAUGUUUUCGAACGGAUGCCGGUCAAAGACGUCGUCUCGUGGAACGUGCUCGUCACGGGAUACUCGCAAGUCGGGAAAUUUGACACUGCGUCGAGAUUAUUCGAGCGCAUGAGAGAAGAAGAGAUCGAACUAAACGUGGUGACGUGGAGCGCCGUGAUUUCGGCCUACGCUCAGAGAGGCCUCGGUUUCGAGGCGCUCGACGUCUUUCGGGAGAUGAUUGUCUCGGGUUCCGAGCCGAACGCCGUGACUCUCGUCUCGGUUUUGUCAGCUAGCGCCGCUUGUUGCGGGUUGACUCACGGGAAAGAGACCCACUCCUUCAUCUUGAAAAGUUCGAUUAUAAAUUCAGACCGAGACAGAUUCGGGGACGAAAUGAUGGUUAUCAACGGGCUAAUCGACAUGUACGCCAAAUGCAAGGAUUUCAACUCGGCCCGCAAAAUUUUCGACGCGAUCGGGCGAAAAGAAAGGAGCGUGGUGACAUGGACGGUCAUGAUCGGAGGGUACGCUCAACACGGCGAGGCUCGGGACGCGCUUCGCCUCUUCUCGGAUAUGCUUUCCGCCAAAGCCCGGCCCAAUGGGUUCACGGUGUCUUGCGCGCUUGUGGCGUGCGCACGCGCGGGGGAUCUGCGCCUCGGGCGGGAAAUCCACGCCCACGCGAUCCGAACCCAAUACGAAGAAUCGGCUGACCUCUUCAUCUCGAACUGCCUCAUCGACAUGUACGCGAAAUCGGGCGACGCGGAUUCGGGCCGGGCCGUUUUCGACUCUAUGGCCCGUAAAAACGCGGUCUCGUGGACCUCGGUUAUGACGGGCUUUGGAAUGCAUGGUCGAGGUGAAGAAGCUUUAGAGAUUUUCGACCGGAUGAGGGAAAACGGGCUUCCUAUAGAUGGGGUGACUUUUGUAGUCGUGUUAUAUGCGUGCAGCCACUCGGGAAUGAUCGAGCGCGGGAUGGAAUAUUUUUACAAAAUGGAGAGGGAUUUUCGAGUUUUGCCGGGAGUCGAGCAUUACGCGUGCAUGGUCGACUUAUUGGGGCGGGCGGGUCGACUAGACGAGGCUUUGGAGCUCGUCGAGAAAAUGCCGAUGAAACCGAACCCGAUAGUUUGGGUGGCGCUUCUCAGCGGCUGCAGGCUGCAUAGGAACGUCGAGCUUGGGGAGCUCGCUGUUAAUCGGCUGCUCGAGUUGAAAUUCGAGAACGACGGGUUGUACACUCUGCUUUCGAACUUGUACGCGAGCGCUAGGAGAUGGAAGGAUGUGGCGAAGGUUCGGUUGUUGAUGAAAAAAUCGGGGAUUAGAAAGAGGCCAGGGUGCAGCUGGGUGCAAGGGAAAAACGGGACGGCGGUUUUUUACGUGGGGGACAAAUCUCAUCCAAUGGCUGAUGAGAUUUACGGUUUGCUCGAUGAUUUGAUAAGUCGGGCGAAGAAAAUGGGGUACGUGCCCGAGACUGUUUUUGCGCUUCACGAUGUGGAUGAAGAGGAAAAAAGGGAUCUUUUGCUUGAGCAUAGUGAGAAAUUGGCAUUGGCUUAUGGUGUUUUGACGACGGCUCCUGGUUUGCCGAUCAGGAUUACGAAGAACUUGCGGGUGUGUGGGGAUUGUCACACGGCGAUUAUGUAUAUUUCGAAGAUUGUGGAGAAUGAGGUUGUGCUGAGGGAUUCGAGCCGUUUUCACCAUUUCAAGAAUGGGUCGUGCUCGUGCAAAGGGUAUUGGUGA